ACCAAUCAGCGCAGAGCUGGGAGAGUUGGGGGAGCAGGCUCUGAGUCGGGUAAGCCGGUUCGAGCGAGCGCUCAGAGAGUCGUCCAUUUAUCUGUGCAGGUCAUUGAGGUGAAGGCGGUGGGGCUGGGAAUCUAGAAUUUAAAAUAUAAGACCAGAAGAAAAUAUUAACAAUCAUAAGCAAAGAUGUCUCUAUCUAACAAACUGACCUUGGAUAAAGUCGAGGUGAAGGGGAAGAGAGUGAUAAUGAGGGUGGACUUCAAUGUACCAAUGAAGGAUCACCAUAUCACCAACAACCAAAGGAUUAAAGCUGCAAUUCCAAGUAUUCAGCACUGUUUAAACCAUGGAGCCAAGUCGGUGGUUCUCAUGAGCCACUUGGGAAGGCCUGAUGGUGUUCCCAUGCCUGAGAAGUUUUCACUGGCUCCAGUUGCAGAGGAAUUGAAGAAACUUAUGGGAAGGAAUAUUAUCUUCCUGAAAGAUUGCGUGGGAUCUGAAGUUGAGAAGGCAUGUGCUAACCCAGCUGAUGGAAGUGUGAUUCUCCUGGAAAAUCUACGAUUCCAUGUUGAAGAGGAGGGAAAAGGAAAAGAUGCAUCUGGGAAUAAGGUUAAAGCAAAUGAUGAAAAGGUUAAGAGUUUCCGAGCCUCACUGUCGAAGUUGGGUGAUGUGUAUGUCAACGAUGCUUUUGGAACAGCUCACAGAGCUCACAGUUCCAUGGUUGGUGUAAAUUUGCCAGAGAAAGCUGCUGGUUUUCUGUUGAAGAAGGAGCUUGAAUAUUUUGCCAAAGCUCUAGAACACCCUGAAAGACCCUUCCUUGCCAUUCUGGGUGGGGCUAAAGUCCAGGACAAGAUUCAGCUUAUCAGUAACUUGCUCGAUAAGGUGAAUGAAAUGAUUAUCGGAGGAGGCAUGGCAUUUACAUUUCUGAAGGUCCUCAAUAAUAUGGAGAUUGGCAAUUCCCUCUAUGAUGAAGAAGGGUCUAAAAUAGUACAUGAGCUGAUGGCUAAGGCUAAGAAAAAUGGGGUGAUCAUUACGCUGCCUGAAGAUUUUGUAACUGCUGAUAAAUUUGAUGAACAUGCCAAUGUUGGAGCAGCCACUGUGGCUGCAGGAAUCCCAGCAAAUUGGAUGGGUCUUGAUUGUGGUCCCGAGAGUCUUAAGAAGUUUGCUGCUGCUGUGGGCAGGGCCAAGCUGAUUGUAUGGAAUGGUCCUGUCGGUGUGUUUGAGUGGGACAAAUUCGCCAGUGGCACCAAGGGAGUUAUGGACAAAGUUGUGGAAGUUACCCAUAAAGGUUCUAUCUCUAUUAUUGGUGGUGGAGAUACAGCCACUUGCUGUGCCAAGUGGAACACUGAAGACAAAGUCAGUCAUGUUAGCACUGGAGGUGGAGCCAGUUUAGAACUGCUUGAAGGUAAAGUUCUUCCUGGAGUUGACGCUCUCAGCAGCAUCUAAGGACAAAAGAACAUUGCGCUCUCCUGCACAAUAUGCCUCAGGAGUUUCACUCUUAUGCUUUAGAACAUUCAAAAAGUAAUUGCCUCAAUACUGUAGAUCACUGUAUAUGAUGAAAAUGAGCUUGUGUUUUGUUUUAUAAAUAUAUAUAAUAUAGUCCUAAAAUAUUUUAGUAUUGUCCAGUUUCUGUAAAUCAGUUGUCUGCUAUAAUGUUGAAGUAGCUUUCCAAGCAGUUGUUGUCUUUCAUGAACUGUAACACAUGGAUGUCCCAAAGUUUUCACUGGAGAUGGACUGUAACGACUGCUGAAUAAAUAAACAUGCACAA